GCUCACUCUGUCUGCGAAAUUGACGGAUCUUAAGAGAAACGGCGGACUGCUCGCAGUCUACGACUUUCUCGACAGUAAUCGCGAUCCUUCCCCUGUAAAGUUGAUGCUCACCCACAUUCAUCACAUGGUGUUUGAAUUUCAUACAUGAUGCGAUAACCCAUAUUUUUGUCCAAGGGAAAACAGCGAGAGAAUAGAAAUGUCUUGAAGUUUACUCUAUUUAUUUUUUUAACUUAACCAUGGACUUAAUUUAUAUGGGAUAAUUUCUGAUAACCAGUCUUAUCGAAUUUCUAGGAAAGGUAGAACAUGGUCAGUUUCUCGCUCCAUUGUUAAGGUAUAUUAAGGUGUUGUUUGUUGAUGUAAUUGAAGAAAAGGAUUGCAUCCUGUUCAGGGUGGAAAAAGCAAAAUGCUUCAUCUACGAAGCGACGAUAGAAUAACAGGGAGAUUAAGAUCCACGUUUACGGCAAACGGCAGAUUCAAGUUGAGAAAUGCUCAGAAGAGAAUAUAGGCAGAUGAAAACUGUCCAGUACAAAUCUUAUGGAUAAAACUGGCGCGAAACUACUUACUUCUGUGUAGAAGUAACAAACAGUAAACGACAGUUAAGAGGAAAACUUGGUCACGUGGUACAAUUUGCCGCAAACGUGAAUCUUAAUCUCUCUCUAAUACCUCUAAAUCCCCUUAUUGCUCCAGCGAUCUAUUCUCAUGGUGUCCCAUGAAGAGAUUGGCAAGAACAAGGACUAGGGUGGUGCCCAUGGUUACACCAUGCACCUGAUCGUAGAUAGUACCCUUAAACAGGAGUUUAGUUUCUUUGGUAGCAAAUUCAAAGAGUGUUUGUAGUUCAUUCUUGCUAGGUUUCAGCGCUGGAUCAGUACCCUCGGGUAAUAUAUCUGACGGCAAGGCUAGUAGGGUUCCACCUUUCCAAGAUCUUCUAAUCAACAACACCGACCCACACCCAACUAUGACCACUGUUUACCCGAAAAAACAUUCACAGGUUUGCUCACCAGUCAUCUUAUUGAAUUAUCAUUACACAUACGAUUAAUGCAGCUUUUGAUCGUUUUUUUUUUAUUAAUUUAUUUGUUUAAAGUACAUGAAUGUCAAAAAUUUCCAGAAAAUAUCAAUUUAAAUGUCUUCAAAACCGUGGUUAAAAAACCAAAUAAAUGAAACUGAAACACGUAGAUAACUAACAUUGUUCAUUGAAGGAAGCCAUAAAACUUUCUGAAACGUUUUUUAGAGUUUCCUUUGGAAACUUGGCAGUGACUUAAAAAAUGUAAUCAAUUAAUGUUCGUCAUCUUCUUCAAAAGGAGAUGCUCCUGAAACCUAAUCUUAUACUGCGAUGUUGGUUUCUGUAUAAUAAAUAAUCAGAUCUCAACUUUCUCAACUAGGGUUCUGGGGUAAAAUGUCUUAGCAUAACUAUGGAACUCCUUGAACAUAGAAUAACUAUGCAUCUCCAAUGUGUUUUCAACAUGUAACUUAUUUCUUUAUCUGCUGUUUCUGAUGUCAUAACACGUGACAAACGACUUGAUGAGAUGAUUGAGACUUCCAAACGAGGCUGAUUCAUGCCUUGUAGGAUGGUUUGGUGGUGAAGAGCGAAUUUUUCCCUUCAAAGCUACACAAUAUUAACUCGAUCGUACAUCAUUCCUGGCAGUCUUAUGUUAAGUCUAAAAGAAAAGGAGAAAAAAGACGCAUGUGAGGCAUGUGUAAGGUCAACCUCGUUCCCAAGAUUUUCUCCCUCGAGGGAGGAAGAGAGAGAACCCUGAGAACAAGGUUGGUGCAAGGUGACCUUUCGUGGCCAAGUUUGUCAAUGAAAAAAACUCAGUUGCUUUGCAAAUGUGUUUUGGAAUUAAAAGCGGUUUUAUACUUUAGUGCCGACCUGUACCUGAUUACUCAAACUAUAAGAGGAAAUCAUGACUGAAAUAGCAGAGACAGACGAGGACAGAUGUUUUUCCCUUUUCCUGCCGUCGCCGCUUCCGUCCCGUCGUUUUAGUGAACAUCACAGCAUAACGCACUUGUACGGCUUCCUGGUUGUCAGUAUCGUUACUAACAUUACAUUUCUAUACUAACUGUAUACGGUAACCUUACCAAAAUGCGCGAUUUUCCAUUUUGAAUUUACUUCGUUUGGAAUGAAAGAUCGGCGCCUGACUAGUAACUGCGACCGGCCUAAAUUUGAAUUCGAUUGUACGGCUUCUGAAUCGGCCCUUACAGAAGAAUAUCAGCUGAAAUAACUUACGUUUUUUGUCGUAACAGUACUCUUCUUUUGAACAAAUAAAGCAUAACACCCACGAUAACAAUUAGACAAAAGCCAACAAGCGAAGCAGAGAGAAUUACUUCUUGAUUUCUAGAAAAGAACUUCUCGUUAGAUUCUGCUCUUUCUGAAAAAUAAAUAAAUAAAAAAAAGAAAAUGCUAAAUUGCAAGUUAAAAGUAAGUGAAAAGGGUGUUUUCGUAUUUUCAGUUCCCAGCUUUUAUUGAUCAGAACAGAAAAGCCAGAGAGAGAAAAAAAUCAUGGUGAAAAAAACUACAAGAAAUUCUGCUCUUGCCAAGUAAAGUAAUACAAGAACACAUCACGAUUGACACCCGAAUCUAUCUUUCCCUUUUUCAUACGUAGGACAUACGUUGUUUGAUUUGACUCGUAAACAACUCAAAAAUUUUCAGAUUCCUUUGAUCUAUAUUCCAAUAUCUGAUGAUAGGUCACGAGUUGCUAUUUUGCACACGAUAUUACAAACUUCUUUAGUCUUAAAAAAUUAUUUUUACCUUUUUCAAAUGAUGCGGUGGAAACGCUUGGAAAAACCUUUACGGUGGUUGUGUUUGCAGUUUUUGAAACAGGUGUUGAGUUGAACGCUGUCGACGAUUUUUUUUUCCUGUGAAUGAAGGACUAGAAUCUGAUCCCGAUGGCGUAGAGAAUGUCAUCAAGAUCGUGCUGGAUGCCGUUUUCGCCGCCGUAGUAGUCGGAGUUUCUGUAGUACUUGACAAUGUAGACGAUGACGUAGUUGAUUCUGAUGACGUAGAUGCUGUUGUAGCAACUGUAGUUGUUUCUAUGGUCGUUGUUGGUGCAGCUGAUGACGUAAUGGAUUCUGCAGUUGAUGACGCGCUGCUGUUGUGGCAAUUGAUGUUGUUUCUGUGGUAGUUGGUGGUGUAGAUGAUGACGUAGGCACUGACGUAGUUGCUGUAGGUGCAUCUGUGAUACUUGGUGGUGAAGACGAUGACGUGGUUACAAUAGUCGGCACUAUUGUCUUGAAUGACGUAGACGGUGGCGUUGUUUCUGCUGUGGAAGUUGGUGGCGUGGUUGAUGCUACAGUUGAUGGCAAUGUAGAACUCUUUAAGUUUCCUAUUUUCCAGCCCUCUGUGAAUUCCCAGAAUGAAAAACAUGUUAGUGCUGUUUUUCGUUUGUUUAACUAAGAAAGUCAGAUGUUCAGUAACCAUACCUCAAGCUCGUCACUCUGACUAGUUAAAAUAAAACUUAACUAGGAAUAGUUCACUGGUUCUCCCUGUUGAAUACUUUGUUGUAGGGCCAAAUCAGCCCGCAUUUCACUUUUGAUUGGUUGAGAGAAGACCGUUAAUCUAAAACAGUAGAUAACGAAAACAGAGCAUCUGCGAAUUUGCUUUUAAAAUUCUUGAAACGCCUGCCACUCGGCUUGAUUACCGAACCGCUACUUCCACAAGAUGGGCCAAGCGCCAAGCGGCAAGCGAGCCUUAUCUGGCACAACUUUGCUACUUAAGCAGUGUUUAUAUGUUGAAAACAGAAAAAUGGAAAACAUGAUGAACAAGAAUAAAAACGCAGCUUUGCAAAACAAUAGCUACACUUCGUUCUAAAAACCGGCCCUAAAUGAGUUUUGUCCUUCGCUGUGAAGAACUUGUAGGUGACGAGUGCUUACCCAAAAUACUGAAGUCGAAAUCAAAGACUUUACUACGGUUCCCGUAAGGUGUUUGACAUGCGACUUUGUUCCGUCAAAUCUUUAACAACUGUAGGAUGGGCUGUUAUCCACGUUUGGAGCCAUUUAAGUUUCUUAGUGCACACGGGAGGGUUGUUAGGGAUCCAACUAAAACAAAACGGAAAAAAUGUUAGUUGAAUCCAGGGAGAUGAAUGUUUGUAAAUUCGACAACUUUGUGCCUCGGACGACUUAUUUUUUCUUGACUUUGGAAUCUAAAAGGCUACUCCAUAAGGGAAGACUUAUCAAAUACAGUAAAUCCUGUAUUAAGCAGACCUGCAUUAAACUUUCGCUUUCUUUCCCUUCAUCACUGUAAAACUGACCUGUAUUAACAGGUGAUUAAGAAGUCACCCCGCGGCCUGUAUUAUCUGGUCGCGUUCACCUUUUCCGCUAUCCCAACGAGUAACCUUCACCUUGUUGAACGGUCACUUUGACAAGAUGUACCAUCAUGACUAGUGCAAUUGAUACACUGUGCAUGAUAAUCAGUGGUCUUUUACCCCCUUUUUGGUGCAGGAAGAGGUAGAAACACUUUAUAGUCAAUUUGUCAACUUAUGGUGGCAAUAUUUUGCUUUGUCACCAUCUUUAUUUUCUUGAUAAGCAACCCUUUUAAAAUCAGAAUCGUGUCUCCGUGUCCUCAUUCCGUGAAGCACCGUAUCUCCCUUACGCAGGAAUAACACUCUCUAACAGUUUGCAUGUUCGUUUCUGUUUUUAGCCACAGUUCUCCUCUGUUUUGUGCUCGUCAUUACUCCGUCAUUCCUCUUGGCCCUUGGUCAGGGCUUAUUCAGUGGGUUGAUGGUGCUGUACCCAUCUUCGCUUUAUUCAAACGCUGGCAACAAAGGGAAGCCCUGGCUGCUGUACUGGUGAAAACUACACAGAUACUAAAAUAAAAAAAAGGAAUAUGUAACUGAAGUUUGUCUACGGCUUGGCCCACCAAGUCUUGUUAUGGUACAUGUCGACUGACAAAAGUCCGGUGAAUUUGUGUGUCAGGUUGUAAUAUCACCUUUCUGGAAUUCCAAGGCAAAGAAUUUGGCUUGAUUCCAGGUUGUUGUGCCAUGUAUUAAGCACAUGGAGGUGAUGCAAGCAAGGCUGGCCGAGGUCACGCCACCACUUUGACAAGACGACAGCGCUCCUUGUUAGUAAUAAUUUGAUAUUUAUUGGAACUUGUUUGUUAACUAAAGUUUUGUCUCCAUUCCAGGAUGCUAAUCAACCACCCCCUCAGCCAAUGAAGCCAAGUGAACUGUACUACAGCAAAGUCACUCCUGCCUUGAAGGAGAAGGUGACAACUGAUUUAUAUGAUAAGAGAUACAUGUAACUUUCCAUUUAGACAAAAGAUGACACCUGGUUGUGCUUUUUAUUUUUCCCUCACUUUUUAUUUCUUUGUUUAUUUUUUCUUUCAGGGUAUCACUGAUCUGUCUAAUAGAAGAGACUGGCCCCUGUCUGUUAUGCGACAAGUAUUGGAGGAGCUUAUGAAGGAAACACCUGGUGACCUCUUGGCCAAGUAAGUAGCCAAGUGCCCCACCCUCAUUCGCUAUUUGCUCAGUACAUUUAAAACUUACCUUCUUAGCUAGACUGCAACUCUAGUGCUAAGGAUUUAAUCUUAUUGCUAAAAAAGCAAGCUUUUGUGUGAGCCUUUUCUAGAGAAUGAGGGAGAUAUAUCUACUCCAGGAACUUACAAUCCGGCGCACAUUGUAAACAUUGAUUUCAAAUUUUUCUCUCUAUAUGUAGUAUGCGCUUCUUGAAAAAAGUCAACUCUCAUUGUCCUGAGUUCAAAACAAAAAAGAGAUUUUGCAAACGUACCGUGGUAUUUUACGCAAUAAAGUGUAAUUCAUUGAGAAACCCAUUGCAUUGCAUUAUUCAUCCAGACUGCAUACGUAGAGCAAAAAUGAUAAGACUGCACGUUGUGUUGUUUAGGGAGCUAUGGUGUUCCAGUACAAGUGCAGCUGAGUGGUGGCAGAUGACUCAAAGCUAUGCUCGCUCUACUGCUGUCAUGUCUAUGAUUGGCUACAUUAUUGGCUUGGGAGACAGACAUCUAGAUAACAUGCUGGUGGACUUCACUACUGGGGAGGUGAGGAGCCCGAAGCCUUCUGGGAAUAUUUUAUAGAGGUUAACAUUUAAUGGGUAAAAGAUACAUGCAGUCUUUUCAGAUACCAUUUUAAAGUUCAGUCCGUUGUUUAUUAAUGUCGCAGACAAGUAAAAAGACGCUAGGGUGAGAGGAGUACCCAAGUGUUGUCCAUGACCUUAGCGUUGUGUUAUCCCUCUUUCCCGUGAUGUUGGGUGACUGGCGAAGACUGCCAUGGCAAUUACUAGAGUCUUCACAUGUUAUCUCUAUGGCUUGUGAAAACAUCUGUUACUCACCGGUCCCCACCGCUGGGAACGUUUCACCGCCACAGUGACGUUUCGUGAAAUGUUCCCAGUGACGGGUAGCAGUAAGAAGCGACUGUAUUCAAAGACUGAUAUCAAUACUAGUAGGUAAAUUCACUUAAAAUGCAAGCUUCUUAACAGUGCUUGUAGUGUCCCUCUCCCUUAGACAGUUUCACCCACAACAAUGAUUAUUCCAUCACGUUUGUCGUUCCCCAGAAAUCAUUGAUCCCAUAUGCUCAAGAUGUUUGGCUCUUUGUUUUUUCAGGUUGUACAUAUUGAUUAUAACGUGUGCUUUGAGAAGGGGAAAGGAUUGAGAGUUCCUGAGAAAGUUCCCUUCAGGAUGACACCAAACCUGGAGACGGCUUUAGGAGUUACAGGGGUGGAAGGGGUAUUCCGUCUCUCUUGUGAAGAAGUCCUAAAGAUUUUAAAGCAGGGACGCGAGACACUGCUCACUCUUCUAGAGGCUUUUGUUUACGACCCUCUAGUGGACUGGACCACUGCAAAUGAUACUGCUUUCGCCAGGGCAUUCUAUGGAGGAGGAGCUCCGGGCGUCGCUGACAACAAAGUGAAUAAGAAGGAGAUGGAGAGAGAUGUGACACAGAGCUUGUUUUCUUCACGUGUGGCUGAGAUGAAGGUUACAUGGACUAACAAUAGGUAAGCACAGUAUAAUCUGUAUUGUCAUUCAGCUGAUUGUAUGCAGUGAAUAGUGGAUGCGCUUCCUCCAUAUCGGCGGCUUCUUCACGAAAAUUCCUUGAUAAGUUGGGUUACUUUUCUGACAGUCACACUGCAGAGAUGGUUUCAUAAGUAUUUUCGCAAGAUUCAUGAUUGGUAGGAACGACCAUAAGUAGUAAAUUGGACAAAGAUCCAAUACAUGGAAGUUGAUUGUUUUAAUAGUAACUGAAAGUCGCCCGCCCCCGAUCAUAACACUGUAAGUCUGCGUGGUUCAGAUGAUAAACAGUUGAAUAUUAUUAUUUUAAUAUGUAACUACGAGGUUUUUUUUUUAACAUGGAUGAACUUUUUUCUGGCAUGACAAAGUUAGAUGAACAGUUAGAUAUGUAUCUAGGGUCGCUGAAACAACUGAAAAUGUUGGACUUGUCGACUGAGGAGCUUAAAGAUCAGCAGGAAACUCUACAGGCAGCCAUUAGUAACCCUCAACAUCCUCUUCACACAGUCCAGGCCAAGUAAGUCAUUCCUUGGAAUUCUGGGGAAAAAAACUUCCUAAAUUCUCUAGUUAUUGAUAUUUUUACGCAUCAGCAAUAAACAAAAUUGCCCUUUCAAGUGGCUUUACUUCUCUUUUGUACAAGCGUUUUUAGGAGAGGGUGCACUCGUCUCUUGCUCUACUUCAACACCAAUAAACCACGUAGUUUUUUUUUUUUUUUUUUUUCAGAAUACCAGUUGUAUUAGAAAACCGCAGGUCAUCUCAGGAAGGGGGGGUGCGCACCCCCUGCACCCUCCCCUAGAUCCUCCCCUGUCAGGGAAAUCCCGACUCAAGCUGUUAUACGUGUUCGGUUUAUUAUUAUGGAAAUUUGGACUUUUUACUUGACACGCUACAAGUUUCACCAUUUAAGCUAUUCCUCCUAUUUUUUUGGUGAUAAGAAUUAUAAUUGUACUUUUCCCCCAAGAUUUGAUGAGAAAAAGAAGCUGUUGACUGAUCAUGAUGCAGUGUUACAAACCAUUUCAGAGAAACUUGCUGAAUGUCAACAAUGGCAAGCCCAACACAAGGUACAAAAACCACUACCCUAGCGAAUGGAAAUUUUUAUUCUUCUUGCUGGAACAAGCCGAUAAACAUGAUCUUUCCAAUGACACCUCAACUUUUACAUGCAGGUCCAUGGUCCUUGUACGACGUGUGACGUUGUGACUGAUCACGACUCCAGUAAUAACUUAUCUUGCGUUGUAAAUAUGUCUGUAACCCCAAGAGCAAAAAAAAGGACAAGUUUAAACGCAGUUGGACCAUCUGUUCUCCUUAGAAGACUAUUAGGGUUCUUGAUUACACUCAACCAGUCAAGUUUUUUAGUAAUCUAUGGUGGUAGCUAUUUUUAUCAUGUAAUGCUGUGUCCCUUCAAUGGCGUUAAUGUGUUAAUGAUUGCUUUUUUCGCGCCUUGCUCUUGCCGUCUACUGACGAACUGAUGUGUUUGUUGUUAAAAGGCUGCAAUGGUGACAGUUCAUGGACCACAACUGGCAUCUCUUGCUAGUGAACUUCUUCAGCCACUGGAUCUAGGUACGGUAACACGUGAAUCAGUAUUUAAUACCUGCCUUACACAGCAUAGGUAAAUCUAAAGUAGAAAGUCAUUUACAACGCAAAGCAUGAAAGAACUUUCAUAAAAAAAAUAAACAGAGAUCCGGCCAGGCAGCAACAAGACAAAUUUAAAAGACGGAGUGGCUAAUAAGCACCCUGUGUGACAUAUUUAGGCUAUGAUUAUUUUUUGAAGGUGUGGUGCUAAUCAACAGCUAUACUUCAAAAUCCCAAGAAUCUUGAAGCAUGCACUGCACAUGCCCGGCCCUCCUGGUGCAUAUUAUCCAUAGUCAGCAAUGAAAUGACUCAGUUGCGAAGCAGCUGAUAAACAUGGCUGUCAUUUCAAACUUCAGUGACUAAGAUCUUUCAUUAUAUUGCCUCCCAGGUCUACCAAGUUUUGCUCCAGCCAUCAGUUUCCUUCAAGGUGCUCGCCAAGGGCACAUAGUGAACCAGGUGAUUGAAGCAUUCAUCAGAAAAUGGUGCAUCAAUGCAUUCUUCCCUCCACACCCCUCCAAAAAAAAGCGAUCAAAAUUGACGACGGCGGCCGGUUCGAUUCACAAGUUUCAGUAUACAUCCGUCCAGCCUGUCCAUAGUGCAAUGUAACAAAACGUAAUGUAGUACAAAAGCCACUUUGGAGUUUUUUUAUAGUAAUAACUUUAAAGAGGAAUGUACCAGCUGCUUCUGGUAAAUUUCCUCUGAUAUUGAUACUCAUGUUUGAUGAUCAGCUAGGACUGAAUCUUGGUGGCAUUGUCCCUUAACAGUCAAGGACGGACAAGUUCUCCCUAUUUUAAACACGUAUGAAUUGACGAAUUGUAAAUUGAUUCCCUCCGCAGAUUAUGACUUUAAAACGCUCCUAUAGCUGCUCUUUGAUUGGGUUUGUUUUAUCUAGUUUUGUGCUAAUGUAGGUCUUUUGUUUAUAUUCAGUGUGAACAGCUGGAAACUGAACUGUCGGGCCUGCUUCACCAGCGACGCACCAUGUUCCGUACUUGUCUGGAUUUGCUCCAUACCUAUGCUACUGUGACAACUCUUGUAUGUGAUAAGAUUUGCUGCUUUUUAGUUAUUUCAUUUUUAUACAGUAACGUAAAACCUUCUGGGUUUGAGGAUUGUUAUAUUAAGAUUGUGAAUAUCACAUUGAACAUAACACACCCAGUUUAUUAAUCUACGAUGUGGUUUGUCUGCAGUUUCCGCCAGAUUAUGUACAACAGAACAGGAGUUACGAGUGGCAGAGCUGGCUUCAGUCAAUAGUACAAGAUUCGUCCACAAAGAAGUACGAGUGCGAUUAUAUUUUUUUAAUGUUAUUGUUUUGUCCUGUUUUGUUUUUGGAAGAAGAUGAGCUUGCGUUAACUGGUCUCAACUUAAUCAUGAUCUCCCACGGUAAAGAAAUGUGACAUGUGACUUGACUUGAGAAAGUUAGCGUGGAUAAAGUCUUACAGUUCUCCUUUUAAGAUGGGUGCUGUAUGAUGUUGUUGUCUUUAUGGAAUGGUAAUUGUAAAGAUUUAUAUUUUUCCUAUAGUUGCCAAGCUGUGCUAGAGACAAGUGAAAAGGUACACAGUAAGCCGGUAGCUGACAGUCCUCUGACUCUAGCAGAAGUAACUGGGUUUAUGGCCAUGGAGGUGAAACUACAGAGUAGUCUGACAGAGCAGAAUGCCAAGUUUAUCAAGGUAGUUACUGCUGAUAUUUUUUAUAACCUUUCUCUCUCAGACUAAGUAUCAUCCAGUGUUUUUGGCCCCCUUUGCAAAUAUACGUGUUGAGUCUAAGGUGAAAAUCAUAGGGCUGUUUGCCGUUACCAUUUAAAGAAAACGCUUUCAGCAGUGAGUUUGUAGAGUACUAUUUGGUUCAUUUGGUAGGGGUUUUUACAAAAUUAUAGAUAAUAUUGUGAUCUUAUUGCGUAUUUUCUAGUUUUCUGAGCGGCGAAAGCAAGAAAGUGUUGAGACAGCGUUCCUCAGCAAAGCUGUCGGUGAAGCAUAUGCAGCUUUAAAGAAACAUCUUACUGGUAAGAUUGCUUAGAAAAUCAUUGCUAUGUAUAGUACAAAUAUACUUGUGAAAAUUUCGACGAAACACAAGGCUGAAACUGAAGAUUUCUUAUGCCAUGCCUUCUCAACUAACUUAGUCAACUUUUCUUUCUGUAUACUCCCUCUCUCCUUCCCCAAUGUUGAGAAUAGCUUUUAUUUGCAAAUGGGUAACACGUGAAUCAACAUUGGCGAGGGCGUAACGGAAGUAACGUGACAAGUGUUUCAACAAAUGUGGCAAAUGUUGUAGAUAAGGCAGUAGUCAUCUGGAGAAAGGCCAAAAACAUCCCUACUAUGCUACUUAUGUCCACAAGAAUGAGUUUAACUUUGUCAUCUCAAGUGAUGCACAAAUCCUCGAUGUAUUAUCAUUAAUCGCAUAGAUUUGGCAUACCUCAUGAAUUUCCCAGUACAGUUGCAUUUUGUUAGUUAGGAGUGUUGUGGUUCUUGUAACUAACAGAUAUAUUUGACACUGUUUUACAGGGAAGCAGCAACCCACAUCUUUUCGAUGUCUUGCUUGUGUACUGAUUACCGCACUUUGCUCUCUGAAUAAAAGGUGUCUCGCAAUGGAAAACACAGCAAAAGGUUUGGAAACUAAGAAAUAUAUAAACAGUUUUCUAAAAGAAAACUUUGUGGCUCGCGUAGCUAGCAGAUGUGGCUGUAUUCCUUAUUGAUUUUGUUCAAAUCAAAAAUUCAAUACAAAGAGAUAUAGAAAGUCCGGCAAAGUUUUCGGAAACCAUCCUAAUACUUAUCUUUUUGUUUUCGUCACUGAUAUUUGGAGCCUCGUUUCGAUGAUGAGGCUGAGGCGUACUCCGUAAAUAGUUGGGUAGAUAUUAUACCUGAUCUAGGACUAGAUGGGUUUCGAAAGCGUUUGACGGAACUAUCUAAAUUUCGUUGGGGUAUGAAGAAUUAUUUCUUUUCCAUUGAUUGCUCUUUAAGUGAAUCUCCAUUCUCUAACUUAUUUGGUGAUGUUGUGAGACGUGAUAUUAAACAGCAUCAUUCAGUUGACAACCAGUAUUGUUUUUCGUAUAGUGGCCAAGGACAGAUUAUCUGAUCUAACAUCAAGAGAGGGAGACUGGUUUCUUGACGAGCUGUGUUCCAUGAGUGGUAAUGUUAAUCAGCUUCUCUUGCUGCUCAAGGAUUACCCCUUGGUAAGUGAGAGGCAAAUUAUUACUCUUGAAUUCUUGGCGGCAGGGCAAGUGAGCCCUUUGCGUUAAAGAGGCACGUGUUACGAAACACUUCGCUGACCUCGUCCAGGACCUUGACAAGAAAGGAAAUUAGCUUAUUAAGUGAUUCUAGCUCUUUGUUUCCUUUGCCCCACUUCGUCUCUUGUUCUCCGGUAUGGUGAUUUUGGCCCAUGCGACUGUUUAGCUGCAAAGGACCAAAUCUCCUCUUCAUACGCAUAGACGAAAUACCGUAAAACUCCGAAAAUAAGCCCCUCCAUGUAUAGGCCCCUCCAAAUAUAAGCCCCCCAAACUCGUAACGCAAAAAACCCUCCGUUAAAUCGCCCCUCCGAAUAUAAGCCCCCCGGGGGCUUGUACUUGGAAAUUGCCCUCAAAUACAAACUAAAAUAAAGCAAAAACGAUCAAUUUACGUCCAACUAUACGGCUAGCCCAAUCGAUUUUGAAACGCAAAUUUCCCUCCAUAGAUAAGCCCCUUCAAAAAUAAGCCCCUCAAAAAGGGCCUUUGAAAAAUAUAAGCCCCGUGGCUUAUUUUCGGAAUUUUACGGUAACUUGGAAGGAAAUUCUUGGCAGUUUAUCCAAAGUCCUUUAAGGCUAUUUGCCACUCAUCCCUUCAGUUAAAAAACGUUCAGAAUGGUAAAACACCUUUUGGUCUUGCUGUACCCCAAGAAUCCAAAGCAUCUACUAUGUGUUUGCCUAUUCUUUGGCAACAGGAGGUAAAAGAGGAUCAACAGUCCUUGUUAAGCUGGGCGCAGAAUUCCAUGAAAGCUGUCUUGGGAGUACAGAAGGUGUUUGUGGCGUUGCAGGUACAGAAAGAUCUUCAGUUUCAGUUUUUUUGUUGCGUAACCUUGUGAAUGAAUUUUUUUAAAAUCCAAAGAAUGCUAGACUGACUGACGCUGUUUAAUCAAUAGGAACUGAUGACAAAUUUCAGGACAAUCAUUGUUCCAGAGGCAGUGAAAAGUAUCUACGCCGAGGAUCCAACUGUGUUUGCUGUUGUCCAACAGCUCGAAAAGGUGGUGUGCUCACAAAAGAUAAACUUGAAAGAACUGGCUGACAACAUUGAAGCUCGUCUCCUGGAAAGACAUGCAGCGACCGAGGUUGGUUGACUUAACAUACAGGGACAAAAAUUUAAAUUUAUUCUUUUGGCUUCAGCCUACGACGUCAGUUAUUUAGAGAGGCUUGAAACGAACCUGCGAGGCUGUCGGUCUGUAGAGAUGUGCUCAUCUUUGAAAAUGUGGGUUCUGUUGAACCAAUCGAAGGUGAUGCUAGUCAAGAAAACAGUCACUGUCGUUCUUAUCUCUAAGACGCGAACUGUUCCAGUUCGGACCGGCCCCAAGUGUCCGCCCACUAAACUUCGAAAACGUACAUCAUCCUCCCUCCCACCAUGGCAACGACGCAGUUCCCUUAGACCCACCAAGCCCCUUUAUUCCAUAGCUACAGUCGGCGACAAAAUGAGUUGAGACACUUCGCCCAAAACUGGGCUUUUUUACGUUUUAUUGACUUCAAAAGGAGGAAAUAUAGCUUUCCUCCCCCAUCCCCUCCGUGCAAUGUUGUGCCCUUGUUCUAGCUACCUAUAGAAAACAAAAACUCCCCAACUUUGAAUGGAGGGGACAGGGGAGGGGUGCGGAUUCUUUUGUUCUCCGAAGUUACCCUAUUUAAGUACAAUGUCUCAACAAUUUUGUCGCCGAUUGUAGAUUGAACUUUUUUAUUCGAACCCAUUCUUUAAUCGGUUAUAUUGUAGGAAUUGAAGGUAAUGCAGACACCAAAUUGGUUGUAUAGCUCUCUCUUCUGCCAUCCUUUUCUCUCGCACUACAUCUCUCCCGCUACCCAUAUUGUCGUCUUGAAAUUUUGGUAACUUACGCCGAUUUUGCUGACCCUCUUUUUAGGUGCAUAGUGCAGAGGAGGUCGAUACAGCAAUCCAAGAAAUAAGUGCUCAGUUUGAGAAGCUGCUACAUACCAACAAAAACUCCGGAUCAGAUUCAGGUAGAUUAGAAAUAUAUCAUUGAAAAUAACACACCGCCAUGCAAUUACGUUUUCCAUCUACUCGUGUCUGAAGCAUCACUUGCCCUGUAUGUCCUAAUGUUUGAUUUAAAGGUGAUCUUUCCUCUGUUAACUUCCUUUCAUAGAACGGCAGAGACGGCUUUUAAUGUUAAUCCUGUGUGUGAGCGUACUAACAAGGCAAUAUACAUUUUUUUAUAGCCCUUGAACCAGCUUGCACAGUCAUUUUCAGUUUGCAGUUCAGUUAGAGCGAUUAAAUACUGCUUUGUCAGGUUCUCCCUUAAUAAGUGUAUAUAGUGUUUAGAUCACCAGUGUUCUUUGCGAGAUAGCAUUUCACUCGAAUCACAAAGUGUCCAGUGUCCGUCCUAAGUGGGCAAAUUGAAGAAAAAAAUGUGCGAGGUCUUCUCCAUGACAAACACUAUCCGUGUUAAGCCUAAAGUGGGUGACGGCAUUAAUCCGGUAUUCUUAAAAGUGAUGUUACACGGGGACGAUUUUCAACGGUGAUUUUUAGCCCAGCACAACGUUGCAGUGUUGAAACAGUGUUGUAGCUAUUCGAAACAGUGUCGCAACAAUCAUGCAACGCUAUGUUGCGCUAAAAAUCGUCGUCGCAAAUCGUCUCGUGUAACGUCACCCUAAAGAGAGGUUCAACUGUAAUGGAAAUGUUAGUAGACCUUUGCCCAGUUGUUCGAACGCGUGUUAGCACUAACCCAGGGUUAAAUUUUAACCCCGGUUUCUUUACCUUUUUAUCAAAAGCACUCUCUCGGAUAAUUUUCUCUACUCUUUUUAGAGUAUCCAAAGAUCAAAUUGUUGGCAAAGAGAAUUUAACUGAAUUUUCUUUUUAAUCUCUCAUAUCUGAGUUCAAAUUUCGCACUUACCCAGGGUUAUCUUAACCCAGCUUCGAACAACCCGGCCCUUAAUAAUAAUGGCAAUUUUCGUCCUUUGUUUUGGGUUAUAAGGCGAGGACAGUAGCGGCUCCAUGACUUCAGGUCAGAUGUUGCUUGCAGGCUUCAAUGGACUCUUCACCAAAGUUGCGGGUGAACUUACAGACAUGUUCACGUCUUUUGAACAAGUGCACUUCGAUAAGUUUGAGCUGCAGUUUGAUAUUGUUAAAGACGCACAAGAUCUUCACGUAAGGUUUUUCUUAAUAACGUGUAUUACACGGGAUAAGCGUAUUCCAAGCAAUUUUCAUGACUUUGUUUAUGUCACCAAUUGGUGCAGUGCGCCAGAAGAUUUUGGCAUGUUUAUAAAAUUCACUACUGCCAUUUUAAAUUAUUUAUAACUGUUCACCUUAUCAUUGACAUAUUGAAUUGUUCCGAAGUGAGUUAUUCUAACUUGGUUAAGAAGGGGAAAAAGACAGUAAUAACAAAGAGAUGCAUUCUUCUCUUUCAAAACCUUAUCACCGUGCAUCGAUCUCACAAGUCCACAGACACUUCAGUUGAAAGAAAAGUACUCGCUUCUGAUCGGCUAACGAAUUAUCAAAGUAAGAUUCCCUUUGUCGUGAACAUGUCUCGUGACUUGUCAAUAAAAGUUGGUUAACCCCCUUUAAGUUCGUUGUACUGUAAUAAUUCGUGAUGUCUAUGUAUCUACCACCUGCGAAAACAAAUAAGUAUAUACUAUUUGCGAAAACAAACCAAAUCGAGUUAGCAGAUAGAUUUUAUCUUUUUAAAGAAGGCGCUAAAUCUCACAAAUGUACCAACAGGCAACUAAUAGAAGUAAGAAAAGACAGAUCUGUUACCUGUUUCGUGCGACACGUGCUGCUUAUUUGAAACGCUAUUUACGCUUGUGCUAAGAAGUUAAGAUGAGUUGUUUUGUAUGCUUUAAAGUACAGUGAUGCUAUAACUUUAAUCUAUUCUGAAAUACUUUUUUUCUUUGUCUCUUUUAGCUGACAAAUGGUACUAAAAAUGCUGAGCUCCUCGGCAAGUUGUUUUUCCUCAAAAGGCUGGAAGUUAUCAUUUCGUUCUUCAAGAGCUGUAGGCUGCUUACACUUUCUUUGAAAGGUACCUGAACUAUCUCUGUUUACAAUUUUGACGUUCUUUCCUAAGUAAAGGCAAAACAGUGAAAAUUAGAAGGAAAACAUGUGAAAGGGAUAGUGCAACCUGUGGUAACUGGUAAGCAAGCAAUCUCUAGCCAAGGCUUAGGUUAGAUAAACUCCAAGUACCUAAAAGAUCUAGGAAAAAUUUGAUCUACCCUAAUUCUUGAUAUGUUUAACUGAGGAACUAUAGCCUUACUCAAAAAUCUUUUGCAUUCGCUUGUUACAAUUCGUUUUUUUGUUGUAAGGACCUAUUCGUUGUGGUGUGAGUUGUUUUACUAAGAUUGUUUUGGCUUCUUCCGACCCGGAAAAGGGUGUCCUUGUCCGCGUACAAGGUGUGCCUUGUUAUGGGGGUUCAUUUUACAAUGUUUUAGUAUUAAAAUAUAUGGGGACCGCAGCUAAUUGUCCUGUAGCAGAGGUUCCACUGUUUUGACCAGAGUUCAUUAAUCUGAGCCACAAGUUAAUUGUGCCUUGAUUUUACUCUGGGUUAGGUGUGUCUAGUUCAGGGAGCAAACAAGGAGCCAUAAAUUGUUCAACAAAUGCUUCACACAACUUGUUCGCCAACACAAACAACAUAUGUGCUGAGACCAAAACAUGGAACCCAGAUACUUGUUACAGUGAAGAUGAUCUGGCUUUGCACGUCAAGCAUUUCAUAGCUGAUUGCGUGCAGCAGUGCAUCAUGGGCUUGCCAUCACAGGCCUUAGCUGUAGUGGUCAUCACAUUCGCCAACAUCUUGGGAAAUAAGAAUGAGAGUUCCAGUGAUGAAGGUGCUGUUUCUCUCGAGGAUCAUUGCAAGAAGGUACGUACCUUUACGAGGACUGACUGACCUGUAAACUAGCUUUAUAGCGGAGCUCCACCCGCGCGCGUGGGCAGAGCCCCAUAGCUAAGGAAAUGUGGUAAUCUACCCAUCGCAGAAAAUUUGGUAAUCACGUGACCGUACACCGAGCGAGCGACCGUCCGUCCGCACCACAGGCAUACCAAUGUAAAAUAACUCAAUCAACAGGUAUGGGAACCCAAAUGCAACUCAAGGUAUUAUUUGGAAGAAAAUCACAUGGCCGCCCGGACUUUUAGAAAGAAAAAAGUCGUGUCUUUUUCGGCGUUAUUUUUUAUGUGUACACUAACGUGGAUAACAGAGAAAGAGCUAGACCGAGUUAUUAAAAAUUCGAAGGAAGAAAAACAUGAUAAUUCAAAGCGGCGGUGAGAAAAUGAGAAAUGUUAGCGGCCAGCAAGGUGAAAAUGAGCGGCAGUGAAAAUUAAAAGCGAACAUGAACACUGGAAACAAAAUAUUGGGUAAGCACAUACGACAAUUUCUGCAUAAAAAUAGUGUGUAACUAGGAAGUUUGACGUUUUAGUCGUGCAAAACAACGGCAAGGGAAAGACAAAAAAGCGUGCUGCACGUGCAAAUUUGUUUUUUGCUAAUUAGAAGAAAAGUGUGCUGCACGUGCAAUUUGUUUUUUUGCUAAUUAGACCUAUUAGUCUUGAAGCCAUUGUCACUGUUGUCCUCCGUUUAGCAUUACACGAUUUAAUUUUUUUGUUUACACGUAUUAUUAACCAGAGCUUCGCUUUUAGCCCUGGCUAAAUCUAUAUAUUAGCUAAGUGUUAGUCACGUUAAUAAACUAUGUUUGUAUGUAUGAGGACAGUAAGGAGACGGUAUGGCUGAAUAGCUUCGGACAGUAGAUUCCAACUUCCGGGUUUAAAUCCUACUUUGGCUAGGAUGGGGUAGUUCACUGUUGCCUUGGGUUAAACUCCUCGGUGAUGCCUUUUACUUGUAAAUAGGAUUGCCUCCAGCUUGUUAACAUUCCUUCUUGUUGUUUUAAGCUAGCCUUUACCUUCCCUUCUCCCCGCGAUUUUUUUACACUUUCCCCAAACAGAGAGCCUGUUCACAGGCUAUUUUAAGUUUAUUGCAAUAUUUCUCUUUAUCCACAUCAUUUUUCAUUUGCAUACUUCAUGGCUAAAUGUAACCUAGUACUACGGUUAGUACUAACUUUUCUGUUGUUAAAAGGCAUUCGUUAAGGAUCAACUUUGUUUGAAAAUAAAAUUAACACUUUUCUGUUUGGUUUGCUAGGUUGUUGAUACCAAUGUAUCCAGUGGGUUCAUAAAAUCAAAACAGCUCUCCCAAAUGAGCACCUUGACAAGUUCCUAUGAUGUGGCGUGGAGAAAGCAUGAUUUCGCUAAGUAUGUAACGGAUGUUAUCCCUUACACCUUUUCCCGUUCAUGGCGAGUGUAACAGCUACAUACUGCAUAUUAAAGGUUUUUUUUUUUUUUUUUUUUAUUGCGUGGUAGUCGUUAAAGACAUAACCUAAUCUUUGAUUGUGUAAGAAACAGCCGAGCUUUUGAAACCCAUCUUGUUUUCAAUGAUAGCAUCACUUCUGUGCGGCCCUUAAUGCAAGUUCUCUUCUUAGGGAGCGGGAGGAUAGCCCUGGUUGGGUUUCAUCACAAGUCCUCGCCAGCAGCUUGGCAGUUAUCAUUUUGUUAACCGUACAAACAGGAAGACUUAAUACAUUUUUAAAAGAAAUUCUUUGUCACUUGUUUAUCAGAAUAAAUGGUAGAACUUAUUUUACCUUCGAGUUGCUAACAAUGCUAAUUAGUGACAGAAAAAAGCUGGAAUAAAUCCAAACUGUUAUUUUGAUAUUUCUCGUUUACUAAAGAAUUUAAAAACCUACGCUUCAUGACCAAUAAUUACUCCAUAGUCUGAGACUCAUGCUUUUCUUAGUCCCUCUCUCCGCGUUUUGUCUUUUCAAAUCCCCUCUUUUUUUACCCCUAGGUAAGGCCUGAUGUUAAGGUUAUUUACGCCACAGGGACAUUCCAGAAAAACUAGGCGCCUACAUUAACAUAUGUAGUUGUUAAUGAAUGUUGUUUCUCUUUCAGACGCCUGGAGAGCAACAUGAACAUAUACAAAGGUGUCGUACAGAGGGCACAACUUCAACUGGCAAGAUUUCAGGUAACGAUUAUUGUCUACGGUUGAAUUUUUGAGGAUGUUUGAUGGGAAAAUCCAUGGUUCGUGAACGCAUUGUGUUUAUUUUUAAAACUGCAUCGAUCUAUUUAUAAUAAUUAUUCUAACUUUUACUUUGAAUAAAGGUGGGUAAUUGUGUAUGAAAAUGCAUUUUCGAGAUUCUAUUUCGGCUGUUAGGUACAGAGCGUACUCCUCUUUUUCCCGCAUACUAAAAGAACUUUUAUCAAGUUUGUCAGUGAAAUGAGUGAUCCCAGGAACUGAGUGCUAAUACUCUAUAGCUGCUGACUCUAAUGGUACCAGUUACCUAUGACCUAACCAGGCUCUUUCGUCCACAUAGUAAGCAAAUUUAAGAGAUCUGCUAAUAUUAGACGUAAGUGAUAACGUUUCUGCAAAAGCAUAAUAGCCCCUUGUAAAGUAUAUUUGUCUGUAUGUUAUAUACCAUUAGUGGCUGUAUGAAGAUGAAUUGUUACAGUGUCCCAUGCGUGGAAACAACAUGAUCACACCAGCUAGAGCAACAGUUAUGGCUGACCUAAAGAAGCGUGUUCAAGGAUUGCUUCACAUGGACUCGCUCAUCAAGGCAGUGGAAGAGAAAUUUAAUGCACAGGAAUCCAGUAUAGAACAGCGCCUCAAGUGGGCAGCCGGUGCGAACCCUGCCCUGAAUCCAGUGCUUCAGAACUUCGAGCAGACACUAGCUGCGAGGAAGAAGCUAAUGACUGUAAGUUCAUAGUGAUGUAGCAUUCCAGUCAAUAAUUGACCCGCCUUAAACUGUGAGCCAACUCUGUGUUUUUACCAGUGUAUGCAUACCACAUUUUUUUUUGUUCGGCUCGUCAUUUUGCAGACCUACCUUGAAGAGGAUCUGGCUUUUUUGUUUGAAGUGUUAUGCAUAUGCCAUGUAUCUAGAAAACACAUUUAAGCGUGAUUCCAUAUUAAGAAUAUUUAUUAUUGCGCCUCGUUAGUUUCUAAUUAACCCUUUCAGUGCCAAGUGUGGCCAAGGGCAAAAUGCAACAAAAAUUCCCAAAUUUCGUUUUGUAAAAUUUUGGAAACAAAUAGCACCAUUUGAAAGUACAGUCAGUGUGAUUUCAUUUGAAUGGUCACAUCAUAGGAUUUCGUCCACAGACUCAAAAGUUUCAACUACAUUAAAAGACUCCAACAUUCACUCUGGCAGUGAAAGGUUUAACGUGCGCGUUUCUCGUUUCCAGGUUGAAGGGAAACAUUCUUCAGACAUAUGUAGCUUGUCAAAUGCAAUUCUACACUGUGAGGCGUUACGUACACAAACAGCAGAUGCUCUUGCGAUAGAUAAUGCUAUGACUGGCUUGGUCAAAAGGUAAUUAUUCUUGAGUAAUUUGUGCCGUUUCCUUUUUGACGGAGAUUGACCUCUAAUUAAAUCUAAUUGUGCGUAACCUAAGAUCUCCCAAGAAUACGGAGGAAGAAAAUUUUCGUUUAUUUGCUUUAUUUGCUUGUCUAUUAAAUUUUGGAAAAUUAUUAGUUUUUACUUGAAAGUUCUGAAAAUAUAGUAACGUUCGUAAGGCUAGUGCUCACGACGUCCGCUUUUCAAUCUCUAUAGGUGGCUUUCACGUUACGUCAUCGCCGCCAUGCUGGUGGACGGUAAACAAAAGAUCGCUCAUUAGCUCGCUUUGUUUGUCCACCAGCAUUUGUUUAUUUCACCAUUGUUAUUAGUGUCUCCCGAGACUGCAUGAAAACCACCUAUACGGCUGCGUUUUCACCUUCUUUCCGAGUGUGACGUCUUACUGAGGACUUCAGCACCCUUCGACUAGUAUGUCUCUUUUUGACCUUGGAACGUUGUUGUUGUUUUGCUCAUAAGACGUUUCGUUUUCUGUCGAUGUCGUUUUGUAAGCUCUCUAGUCUCAUUGCAAAUGGGUGUGACUCCAAAGACCGUUUUAUAUAAAUGAUCACACUGUAUGAUGUUUGUCCGGUCUCGGUAUUAGGUGUCUGCAUAUAAAUUGAGGACUCUUUGAUUGAAAAUGGUUGGUCAAAAACUAUGACGUGGUCUAAGGUGGACCUUUAGUCUGCUACACAGCCGUUUUUAGUGUCGUCACGCAACGCUAGGGGGAGGAGCGUUGCGUGACGACACUAAAAACGGCUGUGUAGCAGACUAAAGGUCCACAAUGUUCGUGGUGAAAGUUUUCUGUAAGAUCGAGACUUACUCAUCUCCUUACUAUUAUCCGUUAGGCCUGAUUGUAUAGUUAUUUUAGAGUCAUGCCACCAAAAAAAGGGAAACAAGAAACGAAUAUAUGUUACUCACCAAAAUCUGUUGUCCACGCUCUUUUGCCUUGGAUUCGACAAAGGUUAAACGAACUUUAUUUUUAUUAAUUUUAUUUAUUGCUUUCUCCUUAGAUGUCAGCAAAGUUCUGCCGAGCUAGAGAACUGUUCGAAAAAGCUUCAUGACAUUGCAGAGGUUGCAAAGAAAGUGAAGGUGUCAUAUCCGCCGGAAGCACCCAUUACUUUGGAGUGGAUGAAAAACAAGUUAGAGACCGUUGGUCAGGAUGUGGCCUCCAUCAAGACUAGGAAGUCACAGGCUACCCAAGCCAUCAUGAGUAAUAGAGUAAGUUGAUCAAAGAUAGGCAGUAAGUGAAUGAAAGUAGAGAAAAAUUAUAGAUAAAACGAUGUUUACUGAAGUAAAAUCUCAAACGUUUGGGAACACUCGCUGAACAUUAUUAAGAAGAAAGUGGCACUUCCAGUGGCUGCCUAUUUACCAGUUGGAGGAUAUGGAGGAUAUGCAAGUUGCGGUUAGUAGAUUGGGUCUCCCGGAACAAGAUAAAAGACUUUCGUGCAGAUGCUCAGGAAAACGUCAACUGUAUGGAGCCCUAGUAGCUACAGUCCACUUAACGAAGUGAUUGUUUGAACAGAGAUACGGUUGACUCUCUCUUAACAGACACCUCUGUAAAACGGACACCUAGAGUUGGUUCCUGCCUUUCUUUAUUCCCUUUAUUCGACUCUUUAUAAGACGGACACCUCUCUAAGACGGACACUUGGUACCGGCCCCAGAGGUGUCCGACUUAGCGAGAGUUUACUGUACAGUGGAACCACGUUAUAAAGGAAUUAUCUAUAUAUAACGAAGUCCUCGCCAUAACGAACGAUAUUCCUCACCAAAGCAAUAGUAAAACAUGAAAAAAAAAUCUUGAAAUGGCGAUCACAUUUUACCAAUUGGCCUUUCGUUAUGUCGUGGUUCCACUGCAAUCAUUUCAUCUUCCCUAUCAUCCGCCAGGAAUCCAUCAAGUCACAGGCCAGUACAGUGAAAACAGUUAUGGUGUCCCAUCAGCAGCUCAUUGGUGAAGUGAAAUCCAUGCUCACCACAAUGGCAAAGGUAAGGUUUUCAUUUCUCGGGUAACGUUCAUAUUUUGUUGUAAUAAUUUAACUGAUGGAGCCCAUUCCUUGUAAGCCCGGUUGUUUCCCUUGGGCUUCCCCGCCAUGAGCUUUUUAAAUACCGUAUUCUAGAAAAUUGACAUUGCACUUUAUUAACGCGAUUUUAAAAAAUUCGCUAGAUCCAUUUACAGAGGAAUAACCUGAACAUUAACAUAGCUAACAAUGACUGCAAAUGCUUCUUUUUCUCGUUGACAUAUAUGUAUGUUGAGAUUUUGUAUGUGCAGCAAAUUUGUGUUGAAUAAAGUAAAAAAAGAAAAAAUUCGCGUUAAUUUAAUGCAAGUAAACCUAACUUUUAAAAAGUUCGCGUUAAUUUAGUGUAACGUAAAUUUUUUUCGCGUUGUCAACGUGCAUUGUUAAUUUCCUAGAAUAAGGUAUUUAGAUUUUCUUCUUUCUGUACAUCUUAUGGCAAAACAAUAAACUGAACUGAACUGAACUGAACUGAACGUGUAACAAGAAGCAUGAUAUGAUUCGAGUUCCGCAAUUGAGUGGCUUUUUUUAAUGAUUGUUUAUAUUGGUUCAGGAUGAAGAGGCUGCAGAGUCCCGCCCAGCUAAGCUGUUUAUAUCAACACACAACCGCCAAUCAGAGGAGUGUUCUCAGCUUAUUAAGAGCAUCUUAGCAGGUGUGUGCACAUUUCACUUCAACAGUUCCUAGUUACUCAGAUCACGACUGGGUAGACACUCAAAAGCUUGCUUUGGUUUGCUGUGAUGUAUCAAGUUCCCUAAGAGAUGCUUCUUUCAAUAUUCACGAACUGAAUAAAUCUCCAUGUUGUGUGGUGUUUCUCUAUUUUAUAGUGUGUUCUGGAAAGGUCAGUGAUGGAAGGGACAACUUAGAAGACAACAUAAUAGAAGUAAAAGUCGUGGUGAAGUCCAUCAAAUCUCUGGUGCAGUGGUAAGUUAUGCCCCAUGCCUGUACAAAGCAAACCAGUUUUCCGCCAUUUGCCUGCUAUGUAUCGAGCCGUUAGUUCAAUCAUUAAUAUACCGCAUUAGCUAUUUCUACUUAUCAUUUGUGUUGCUUGUGCCACUGGGAGGCUAAUGUUUAAUCUGGUACCGAGAUCUCUUUUCGACGAAGCCAAACAAGAGAUCUGGGUACGAGAUUAGGUAAUAACGAGGGUGGGGUGGGUGGGUGCUCGAGAGAAACAGGAGCAGGAAUCCACUAUGAUUAUCAGACGUUCAAAACAAGUGGAAAUCAGCUGAUUGCAAGUAGCUUGAUUUGUACGUAGCUAAAUUCCUCUAAGUUGAACUUAAAAUUGAAUCACAUGUGGUUUCAAGUCGCCUAACGCCCGGUUUAAACGUCGCAUUUCUCAUGUACCGUCUCUAAUGCAAAUGAGCGAGAAGAAGACAAUUUCCUCGCUAGCAUUAAAUUUGGCACAUGUGAAAUGCGACGGUUAAACCGGACCUUAAGCACAAUAGCCUUUCACGCAAAGGUUUUUAGGGCUUCGUCGCACACACAUGUUCCUUCCCUCCUUCCUUCGUGAUGAAGGAAGUGCAGAAACCCUAGAACGUCUGCGUCGGAGGCUAUAGGUACAUUCACAAAAUCAGUGAAUGUGAAGUGAUGAAACUGGUGAGACCUUUCCUCUGUGUAGUUUGUUUAUUGGUUCUUAGUUCUAUACAUCAGUAUUUGUUUAUUAUUUGUAGGGUUCAUGACCACCUUCUGUCGCUGGCUUCACCUCUUGUUCCUGAUGAGUCUGGUUCCAGUGGAGGAAAAACACCCAUUGCGGCUCCACCACCCACAUUUGCAUCAGGUAACUAAUAACUUGAACUGAAUUAUUUUCCCUUUGUCAGCAAUAGUCUCUCCACAACUGUGAAAUAUAUACUUUGUACAACAAAAAUGCCAUGAUAUUCUUUUCUUUAGGAAGAAACCCUCCUAAUCCUCUCUCUCUCUCCCCAGCUGUAUAAAAGAACCCUGCUUGUGGGCAGUAGCCUCAUACCUCUUUUAAACCUAAAAUGUUAUAAUUUGAACCCAUUUGCGUUGCAGCUCUGUUGCUUUAUUGCUAGGUUUCAUUUUAAAGUCCCAAUAGUGACCAACUGACAAUAUCAAUACAUUGUUAAGAAAUAAGGUUAUGAGAAUUAGUGAAAUGAUCAUCAAAAAGGAAAUGCCGUGAUCUUUUAUUGAAUUCUGUCAACUGAUUCUUAAAGAAAGUCUAUAGAGUUCAGUUUGGAGAAUUUGUAUGUGGAUAUUAGGGCUUAGUGGGUUAACUUUGUUCGUUCAUUGUCAUCCCAACCAAUCCUGUGAGGCCUUGUUACUGCUGCGAGGAACCUCCCUUGGCGAGGGAUGCGGUACUAAAUGCUAAUGUUUGGCGAUUUGUUGUAUUUUAAAUCAAAGUACUGUAGUUCCCUUGAUGAGCCUUCAGUAAUUGGUGUGGCGUUGUUUAAAGUGAGUCUGUUGCAUUUCUCUUAUUCUUCAGCUCUUCGCCAAGGUGGCAGUGUUGCUGUGCAAGGUAGUAAAGAUCCUGUGGCAUCAGACAGUGCUGUCUCUUCUCAUCCAGUUAUCCUACAGAGGGACAUGACAGCCAGUCCAUCCGGCGGCGCUGGUUCACCAACUGCUUCUUCCAGACAGAUGGCAGUGGCAAGCCCUAAACGAUUGUCAACCACAAAUCUGGCAAGAGACCCCAGAACGGGAAAAGGUACGUGUCUACCUGUAGUAUAAGCCAGAGUAGUAUUUAAGCAUUGCGUUGCGCAAUGCGAUUCCCACUAUGUGUGUGUAUGUUUGGUUAAGAAUUGUGAUGUUUUGAAUGAUGAUGUUCAUUUUUUUUUCUCUCGAACUCGUGAAUAAUUUAUAAAGUGAAAAUAAAGAACAUCAACGCCGUGAAGGAGAUUCAUUUAAGCUUUGCUCUGCUUCAUUUUUACCAUCCACUUCUCGGGGUCUUGAUAUUGGGAGAAACUUUGUGCGUUAUGUGUAAAGAGGAAAGUCCUGUUUGCUUUGUGGUUCAGGUACGUCUUGUUAGUAUCUCAAGACCGUCUUCCCAAAAAUAAAGCUAAAAGACAUAGAUACUGGUAUAAAGCAUGAUGAUAGUGUUUCAUAGUCGCUAAAAGGCAACAGUAACUUGUUACAUCCGUACCAUGCAUUUUAGUCAACGCUGCGAUGGUCGUUAAUUGUGAUUUUUUUAACAGCUCUUCAAGAGAGGAAUACCUAUGCCAUCAGUGUAUGGCGACGCGUCAAGUCUAAGCUGGAUGGCAGAGAUCAAGAUAAUAACAAAAAAAUGUCCAUUGCAGACCAGGUUAGUGAACUGUUCACCUGUCACUUGAACUGUGAACAAACUCUUGAUCGAGAAAUUUUAAGGGUGUGAAAACAUGAUUUCUCUUCUGUGGCUAAGUUGGAAUGGUGGUGGGGUAUGGUCGACUUAGCGAAUUGGUCAAGGUUACGCUUUGUUCUUGCUUCACUACGCUCUUGAAUAUUGCUUGCCCAUUCACUCAUAACAGUGGUCAAUAUAAAGAUUUUAGAAAAUUCAGAAUUUUUGUUUUUUGAAGAACCGAAAUAUAGUAGUGCUUGAGAGGAUUCGUUUAAAGGGUAACACUAUACAGUAUUGUAUCUAAAGACGCAAACGUUACAACAACAUUUUGUCCCUCUGUAACUGACCUGUAUGAGAAAGAAGGGGUUAAAAUCGCUUAUGAUCUAAAUGAAAAGGACUAAAAAUACUUUAUUCCGUGAUUGUUUAGGUUGACUUUGUAAUCCGUGAGUCACGAAGCUUGGACAAUCUGAGCCAGAUGUAUGAAGGCUGGACAGCAUGGGUGUGAAACCGCAGUGCCAAAGGAAAGUAGUGAACAAGUUCCACUCUACCGAGACAUAACUGAGAUGGCCAACCACAGUCAUCGUUGUAGCAUCAAAGCGAACCGUAAGUCGGGAAGCGUUACCAAGGCUGCAUACUGGAGUGCGGCUAACAACAGCAUUUAUUUAACAAUGCAGACCGCAGGCCCGAGGUCUAUUUUUCGAUGCUCUUUCAACCAAGAUAGAUUUUGAAACGAGGUUCCGGCUUCAGUGGUUUUGGCAAACGACUUGGUUGAAUUUAUUUGAAACAUCCGUCAUUAGUGCCUGUCUUAUAAGGUAACUUACUCAGUGGCUUGUAACUCAUAUCUAAAUGCUUGCUCCCUCCUUUCCAAAUACUAAGCAAACAUUUAGUACAAGGCAAUAAGUUACUUAAACACCUUAUAAACGUACGUUGGUCAUGGCCAGCUUCACUUUUCCAUAUGUUCAUCCUUUUAUCUUGUAGAAAGCAGAAAAUUUCAAUACGAUUAACUCUACUUUUUGCUGCAGCCAGUGACCCUAGAAAUACCUUGUAGCAUUUGCUUAUCUUAAGAGGGAACUGGCAAGGUCAUCAAAGGAUUGAAAAAUGAAAACCAUUUUUGAUGAUGCGUUAGCGGUACAUGGCUUAUUAGUUUCAUAGUGAAGCACAUACGCUCCACCUGUUGACUGAUGACAGGGGAUUGAAUAGAGUAUUAUGUGAAACACAUAAUGUUUAGUGCUUUAAUAGUAAGCAUACUAUCUACUCAUCUUUAGAUCUAAAGUAACUUAAAUGCAGCACACAAGUUCACCAGUAGAAUACUUGUCACCUUAAAAAGUGCUGCCCAAAAACAUCCGCGUUAAAACAACUGGUGAAGUUUUCUUUUAUGAUUUCUCUUAGAGAGAGAUUGUAUUGUCUUGAUUCAAUUCUUUCUUUGCCGAACUCGAAGUGCGUUGCGCUGCGUUUCUAAAUUUGAAUUGAUAGAUCAAAUGAACAAGAGUGAAAAACGCUCCUCUGUAAGUAUUUCAUAUGUGCGGUAUUUAGGGCUCGCACUACCCAUAGAAUACCAGAAAAACUCCUGGAUUAUUGUUAGUCCUAAUGAAGAAUCUCCUUUUAUUUACAGUUACUAACCUUCUUAACUGGUGAAUCACUUAGCAAGUUAACCAGUUAGAGCAUAAUGAAAUUUCAUUGUUUCAAACUGGUAGUAAAAGCUGUUGAAUUGUUCUGUUAAGUAAUUAAUUUACGUAUAACAAGCGUCUUACUCUUAGCGAAAUAUUCAAACUUCCAAAUCCUGGAAUCUUUGUACGCUGGGAAACUAUUUCACCCCUCUCAGUAGACCAUGUGUUCUGUUUGUUUUGCCUUCUUUUUUUUUCAAAUCAAAUGGCGCAUUUUUGUUUGCAAUUUUACGGCUUUUGGUGGCAAAGAAAGAGCUGACUCCAAGAAGUUUUUUUUGUACGGUUCGUACUGCCUCUGUGUUGAUAGUGUUUUAAAUAUAAAUUAUUGAACAAGUCACUUGCUUGAGAUGUAGCCUCUUUAUCAUUCAAACGCAGAGUAACUGUUGGCCAGCGUUAUUUUUGUACGGUGGGAGGGGUCAGGUAGAAUGGGGGUGCCCUCUCUAUAAAGGGGGUAACGAAAACUAUUUGAGGAAGAUGAAGUCAUUGAAACAACGAUGUCAUCGACAUGUCCCAAGAAUUCUUGUCCAUUAUUGUAGCUUUGAUGUGAACGUGGCUUGAGACCCUGUAGAGAUCAUUUUAGUGCCUUUUGCCUACAAUCAAUUAGUUUGUUGCUUUGUUUUAUCGUUUGGCAGUACGAACCGUCAUUUAUUGUUGUCAUUUCUACUCAUAUACUCCUAUGUGUGUUAUAGUUAUUGGUGAAGGGUUCAGUAUUUCACAGUAUUUACACAUUUGGUAAUCUUUUUUCGAGUUUUCAAUGGUUUUCAUGUUAUUAGUUACAAUUGAAUCAUUUAUUAUCGCUCUUUGAUCGCUAAUCUCUGGUGAAAUCACCCUACUGAUCUUGCUUGGUUUGAGCAACCAAGUUAAAAGCUAAGAGAGGUUUUAAGCUGCAGUUCUCCUAAAUUUAAAAACAAGAGUGGAGAGGAGUAUUGUUUGACAGGAAUUUCGGUGAGAUUCGCAACAUGUAGGCUCAAAUUUUGAAGACUAAUCUGUUAGAACUGCUGUUAUUUACUUUGCACGCUAAAAUGGCUUGAUAAAUUAAACCGAAGUUACGAUCAAUAAGACUUCUUUGCGCAUGGGGAUGUACUUUUUAUCCCCCACGACCCACAGCUGAUUGUGCUGAAAUAAGUUACUUGAAUAUCAGUCUCUUUCUCCUCCCUUGUUUUUUAAUAUUUUCUCAUUAGCAACACAGAAUAUUUCAUUAGUCAGACCAGAGGUUAGCAGCAAAGAACAUAAGGCUGAUUUUUACAUGUAAUGGUUUUGUCAAUGUAACCCGCUAAUAUUGUACUUGUGAUUUAUAUGCAUACUAAUAAAAAAAAAAUGAAAAAAUAUAGUUUGCCUUCCUCUCUUCAAAGACUAUGUUCUCACGAGUCCAACCUCAGCCAAGCCUUUCCAAGGUUGACAGGCGAGCACGGACUUCAGUUAAAAACGGAGUACUGGAGACGAAAAGGAAGUGUAAACAGGGGUGAUUCGGAGCAGCACUUUUUCUCCCCCCGCCCCGGCAUCUCUCCUUUCGCGCCCACUUUUCUUAUUACUCACAAAAAUAACCCUCAACCCUUAAAACCCUAAGAGAAAAAUUCCAAUUCACAUUUGUUGCUCCUUUUCAUUUCCCACAGAAAUAAAAUGUCAAGCAAAUUCAUCAUGUGUGAUCAGGUCUGUAAUUCUCAUGACCACUUUGUUUUUCAAAGCAUUGAUAUUACAAGGAGAAAUUUGAUGGUGAUCAGUCUUAUUGCUCAAAGGGUUAAAAUAACCGAUCGAAAUAAGGGUGAAGAUAACCGAUCACGUGCGUCAUAUUGGUGUCUUAAAACAAUAAAACAGCGGCCAUGUUGGUGUCCCAAACCAUUCCAGUGGGAAUUGAAUUCUUUCCUUGAGCGCUUACCGUUUGUACGGAAAUUUCGGUGAAAAAUUUCCGUCAAAUGGUAUUGAUAUUUUUUUUUGGCACCGAAAACAAGAACGGGAUUGAGUUGUACCAUUUUCAAAAAUACCGGUAAAUUUUUCACUUUCUUUUGACAUGAAGCCUGGCACUAGUAAUCCAAACAAAUGGUACAGAAAAUUUUGGUCGCUUCAGUAAAAACGGUAAUACCUCGAAAGGUAUUACUUUUUUUCCGGAAAAUUUCUACCGGUAUGAACCGUUCCAUUUGAAUUCUCCCCGGAAUUUCCGGGUUUACCAUACAAAUGGUAAGCACUCCUUAUGUAAACCUUACCGCCACCAUGGUGGAUGCGUUACUCUAAGGCACGCCCUGCUACAAGGGUAAUUAUUGAGCGCUUGCAAUUUAUGUGGAAAACCCGGAAAGAUCAGUGAUCCGAGAUCACUCAGAUCAUGGUAGGUCAAAUGAACCAAUGAAUCCUUGUCCAGGUAGGUUCGCCGGUUUGACUGAUUAGCACCACCGAUCGAUGAUCUAGAUCUCAGUCUACCACCAAUCAGCAUCAUCUCAAAGUUCAUGCCAUUAGAACUGGUGACACACGACUUUUAUGAACGUGGCUUCAUACGUCAGAAGUAUGUUUUGUCAUAAAAUUAUAGAAUUGUUAAUUUCCUCUGUAUUCAAAAGUGAUGGCGUCCAUAGAUAUUCUGGACUCUAGCUAAAACCUUGGUGUGACAUAAUGUUUUGCGAUAAAGAAAAGAACAGCUCAGAACAAGAGUGGUAGAGUAAUUUAAUUUGAAACCCUUUUAGUAAAUUCCUCUCUUUGUAGUGUGAUCUUUGCUAAUAAAUUUAUUUUUUGUAUCCAUUGCAGUGCUCACCAGUAUAAAGGGUGAAAUCAAUGAAUGUAUUCAUAAUUUAGAAGAAACUCCCAAAUUCUACAAGUCACACAUAAAUUUCAACAACAAACCUUACAGGGUCACAAGCAAACAGAACAAACUGGGGUUGUAACCAAUAUUAUAAUUUUCUGCAAACUACAUUUCUUAGAGAAUAAAUUAACAUACAAAUGGGGUACAUUCCAGCACCCUACAUGACCAAAAAUUAUUGAAAUUGUCUUUAGAGCUCCAUUGAGCAUAGCAAAAAUAUUAUUACCCAAGAGGAAAAGUCUCUUAUAUUACCUUAUAAGUCUUAAAAUUUGCAUUUCACUUGCACAUUUAUAAUUUUCAAUUCGGCAUACUUAAGUUUAUAGUGAUUUCUGUCAUAAGAGAAAUUCUAAAAGUUUUGAAGGAACAACUGUUCAUGAUCUCUGAGAACCUCUAGAUCUAUUACAAUCAUCCCAGAAGGAACUGUCCUCUGUCAUUUUGCCGAGCUUCGUUUAGAAUCCUGUUUCCUGAAGUAAGCCUGUAGUCAUCACCCAUCUGUCUGGUAAGGGGUUCACCUGCAAGAAAGCGGAUAUCAUUCCUCUAUGAUUCAAAAGUAAGACAACAAAAAAUAGGAUUGUGAUUAUUGAUUAUGGCAUGGAAGACAAUGAUUCAUGGGAACACAGAUACUUUGCGCGCUCUGAUUGUAUAACAAAAAACAUGGUUGUUUUACCAAUAAAUUCAUAGAAACUUUCAAAAAUCCUUGCUCUUACUUAAAGCUAUUGAAUUCAUACAAGUAAUCUACUGAGCUUUUCAUUUACUUUCUUUUUUUUAAUACUGGCGUGUUAGAGGGUCAUCGGGACCUAAAUUUUCUCUCAAUCUCGAAAUCCCAAUGAUUAUUUUCGGCAUCCCAAGCAUACAGGGCAUACACGCACACAGUAAUUUUCAAGCAAUUAUAAUAAUUCCUCUAGUCGGGUUAAUUUAACUCCUUACAGUGGAGUUAUUUGUUUGGCAGUUAUUUUAACUCCAAAAAGGAGUUUAAAGAAGUCUUUUGCAGAAGUAAAAAUAACCCCAGAUUUGGAGUUAAAAAUAACCCCAAAAAAGGAGUGAUCCUGUACCUAAAAUUUUUUCUCCAUUUUUGGAGUUAUAAUAACUCCCUAAAAAUUACUGUGCAAUAAAUUCAAUCCUGAAUCUCGCCCCCAUUUGUCUUUGAAACCCUGGUUCAUGAAAAACCUAUUCCGUUUCACGACCCUCGUAUUAUAACCCAUGCCAAUACAAGAUGUUGAGAGGAACACUCAAAAGGCCUUUGGCUCAUGCCGACGUAAUAGGUUUCUGUUUUUUCCUUUCUUCUCCAAACAUUUUGCUUGAGUUAUAUUACCGUAUUUAUUCGAUUAACUGCCCUGGGCGCUUAUUAAAUUUUUGGACCUUGAGAGUGGGCGCUUAUUCGAGGUGGGCGCUUGUUCGAGGCUGGGCGCUUAUUAAAUUUUCACCAUUUUCAGCAAGUGAAGUAUGUUUAUUUUGCAACAAAACAAUAAAUGCCACUAACAAAACGCGAAUAAGUAACAAAGCAAGGUUUCUAUAAAAUACUCUGAAGAAAACUCCGUCCUCGGGGAAGUCUCUGAUUAGAAUUUAUUCACUCAAGUGGGUGGGGUGGGGGUGAACGCUUAUUUGAGUUUGAUUGGGAGGAGGAGGGGGUGAGCGCUUAUUCGAGGUUGGGCGCUUAUUAACUUUUUCUGCCUUUAAGAUGGGCGCUUAUUCGAGGUGGGCGCUAAUUCGAGGUUGGGCGCUUAUUCGAAUAAAUACGGUAUGCUGGUAGAAAAAACAGGACGUCCGGCACGCGGCUUUAAAAUAAUGUCACAUGAAGAUUGCUGCCUUUACCUGUAAUGAUGUCGUAAGUGUAGUUUAUAGGUGGAAGUCUUUUCACACCAGGACCUCGCUGUCUGCCAAGAAGGUCAUGAACCUUGUAAUAUGUGGUGGAAAAGUUCAUCUGUUGAGGGAAAAAUAACCCCUGGUUGUUCUAAUUACUGCCAGAAAAUGUUUAAUUCAAACAUCACCAGCAUGAGAAAAGUCAGCUAGGAUUUGAACCCAUGACUCCCUAAAUGUCCUAAAUACUGUUAAGGAACUUCAACUACAUAAAAAGCUUAACUGAAAAGUGCGUGAUUAUUUUAUGGUCCUUCAUCUGCAAGCAGAGUAAUCUCACAGUCUUCACCAUAUGUCUUUUGGAUAUACUGCAAAACAUAUUUCUCAACAUUUUUUCAGCACAGAAAGUCAGUAUAAACUACCAAACUGUUUUUUCGUUUUCUGUACUUCCUAAUGAUGCCCGAGAAACCACUGUUCCCUUUUUUGAGAAUUUCUGAAAUCUUCUUAACAGUGUCUUAACUUCUUUUGGGCUUUGAGAAAUCUUUUCGGAUACGUUUGGCCUAUUUGAAGUCCUGGCUUUCAGAAGAAUCCGAACAACUAGCAGGUUAUGUCUGUAUCAUUCUCAAUUUUUACCAUACCUCUUCUAAUCUUACUGUCAAUAACAGUUUUUAUUAAUGAUAACUGAUAACAUCACCGAUAACUUCAUUGCAUAUUUUUAUGUACUGCAAAUUCAAAACUAUAAACCUCUUGAGAGCCCUGAUGCCUUGUUGAUUUAAUCAUAUCCUCUCCAGCCAUUUGACUGUUCCAUCUAAUGUUAUCCUCAUGGACCUCUUCAGCCUGUUAAAGUAUCAUCGCAUAUUAAAGUAAGUUUGCUGAUUAUAAUAAUUAUUUGUCUUUUUCUUCACAGGAAACUAUAACACUAAAUAAGCCAAACCAUUAUUCAGCAUAAUAAUUAUUUAGGCUGAGCAAAUAGAAACUGCCCCCCUAGCAAAAACUAACAUGACUUAUUCUUUUGUGCUGAGGCUUUUUUUUUCCUCCUCCAAUCUACUACCCUGGCCUGGGGGGAAGUACUCCCUUAUAUGACCUGUAUGGGGAUGUGCCACUGGACAGAUUAUGGCUCUUUACCCUAAACAGGGUGUAUAAUUUUGCACAAGUCUGUCCUAAACAGGGUAUACAAUUUCGGGCAAGUCUGGGCAAGUCUGGUGUCCACAUUCUUUGUCCUAAACAAGGUUAUAAAAUCGAGGGUUUUGUCCUAUUCAGGAUCAGGGUUUCAAACCUUCGGCAGCCUAACCUAUACCCAAAUAUUGGUUGAGUACCCCCUCGCCCCUCCCCACCACACCGCGGGUACCCUGUACCAGUGGUUUUUUCUUGUGUGUGCAAUGGAGUACAGUGGGAGAUGUUUUGAGUUAGUCGCUGGUUGGUGUAUCUUUUCAGCCAAAGGCUGAAGCUAUGAGUCCCAGGGUACCAAUCUACUGACUUCUAUUCACCCCACCCUAACAUUUUAUUAUCUUUACUUACCGUCUGACUUGAUGUUUCACAUAUGUUGUUCUUGAGUGAGUGUCAAGCUGUUGUCCAGGUAAAAUUCCAAUACUGAAGUUUGAAGUGUGUUGAGAUGGUACGCUGGUGGUCUCUGACCAGGUGGCAAACUACGUCCAGAAAAAUUUGUUUAAAAAGUGUACAGAUCAGACAGUGUAAAUACAAGAUAAUAUCUGACAGAGACCUCUUAGUGUCCAAAAGAGAAUAAUACGAGCCUGCAGGGGACUCAGCCUGUAGGAACGCCCCCUUCCUAGUAAUAGGAUAAUGGGGAUUUGCCGCUGGAUGGGGUUGCAUCUUCACGGCUGGACUGACUAUGAUGGGGUUACAUUUUCAUUACAGUAACUAGAAUGGGAUCGCACAUUUUUGGGAUUUGGGGAAUCAAAAAAUUCAGGUAGGUAGCGAUUUAAAAAUGGGAAUAUUUUUACUUCAUUAAGUUUAACCGAUGUGUCAAUUCAUCUCAAGAUGACCUAGUUAAAAGGCUUUAUAAAGUCAAUUCAUAAACAGAAAGUUACUAAGUGGGAUCAUCAAAAUUACAGUUUUCCAGUUGUAACUAGGAUGGGUUCUAUGUUUGGCCACAGAAUAGACUAUAAUGGGGUUGGGGUUCUGAGAGGCUAGCGGCAAGACCCAGCAAAAAUUAACCCAAGUAUCUGCCUAUCUUCCUAACUACAAACAAAAAUAGGUACAAAAUAUAAAAAAUAAAAACUACUUUUCAUGGAGGCCAUGUUCAAAUAAUCAUACUUCGUUGUCAAGCUUGAUCAUUUCGCACAUGGAAUAUUGAUGGCCUGUAAUUUAAACAAACAGAUUCUUGUUUGGCGAUAUCGUUUUAACAUCUACCAGCGGACAGCUUCUCAUCUGACUGAUCAUUUGUAGUUUAGGUGAACCAUUUCACACAAAACAACCAGACUAUUUUAUUUUACGAAUGAUCAUUUCUUUAUCAUUUGAACCAUUUCGUAAUUCAUCACUAGACCAUUUGUGUUCUGUCUGUGCUAUUUGACAUGAUUGUAUUUUUAGUGGUAAUGGCCGCCCAUACAUUUCUUCAGUAGACCUGACUUUCCGACAAUAACAUUUCAUAUACCCUGUGAAUAGGAUCUCUGUUGACAGGCUAAAUUUCAAAUAUUUUGCAUUGUUUGAGCUAUUUUAAUGUUAACAUUGAACGUUCGCUCAUAAACUCCGGCAUUUCAUGGUAAUAAUAAUGUGAUUGGUAAAAAGUAAACCAAUCAGCUCAAAUACAACAAUGCCAACAACAUCUUUUUUGCACGUUUUGUGUCAUCGCAAAUUUGUGACGAUUGGAGUCAACCAGUAUGUUUUUGCACCAAUGACGUCAUGUAACAUGCGUUAUGACGUCAUCUAUCAUCCCUUCCCUAUCAAUUCUCAAUAUUUGAAGACGUGGUGGGUAUUGACAGCCUUGAGUUAACCUUGGAUGCCACAUCUGCAGUCACUGUCUUUCCAUGCUUAUUCCUUUUUCUCAGGCUUAAAGAACGACAAAUACACAUCAGGCGAUUCGACUUAGUCUGGCCGAACUGCCAUCAGGCGAAUCGAUCUUCCAACAAUAUUCCAUGCAGUCACGACACCGGACAUUGUGGAGUGUUAAUAAUUAAGCAAUAAAGUCACAAUUUUCCUUUUUGAAAGGAAGGAUACGGUAAAUGCUGGCGGAAAUGUAAGACUGUUCAAGAAUGACUGAUUGAUAGAACAGUUUCAAGAUCCUAUCAAACACUUCUUAACUUAAUUCUUGUUUGUCUAAUUCCCGCCUCGCACAUCUUCAACAUCAUGCGAUCGAAAUUCAAACACAAGACAGCUGUUCAACUAUAUUAAUAAAAGGAAAUAUUUACUCACCGCUUUCAUACAGCUGACAUAUGAAGUCUGAAUUGGUUUCACUUCAUAUGUAAGCGUUGUUGUAUGCAUUGGUCUUGUUCCCUUUCUGUGUCUCGCCGACGGAAAAGUUCUCGAAUGGCGAGAGUAAUAUGGCUCGUCUCCAAUAAUAGUGAUGUAUUUCGAUCGAUUUGUUAGCACGGCAGUUGUAUCCGUUCCUUGGCCGUAACCAGAAACACAAUGUGCAAUUGUAGACAUUUUCUUUGCGUUAAAGCCGAGCUAAACUAGGCCAUCUUUGAUUUAUUUCGUCCUUCAGAAUUUAGUCGUGACAACAUAGAAAGCAUUCGUUGCAAUGUCACGCUUGUUUCCAUAGAAACAGCUGGACAUUCGGCACCCGCCUGCUGUUCUUUGGCUAAGCGUGGUUUCCGGUUUCUGUUUAGGAGCCGACCCGCGCGAAAAGUUUUUUCUCGCCGCUUUGCCGCUGUACCCAGGGUAACGAUUGCAGUUCAAACAUAAACUGACACUCCCUGAAGGAGUACGUUUGUGCCAUAAGCUCACGUUUGAGCGGUAUAGUUGCUGUUAAAAAUGAAGAAGACGAAAAAUCACUCCAUUGAAAGUCUGACGAUUUGUUUUUGCCUCAUUUGCUCUCCCACCCCCGGGGGGGGGGGGGUACUCCCAUGCAUUACCUUUCGGGUACGCCCAACGGGGUCGUGAUUUUGAAGCUCCUGAUUUAGAAGGGGGUAUCCAUUUCAGAGGCGUUUUCUAGAACAGGGUAUAAAAAUUGUGGAUCACGGCUUUAUCUUCCGCUUAAAAUUGUUGCUGAUUAUGAAGAAGCAUUUAUUUGAUGUAUAAGUCAAACAAAUAAAGAAAUAUCUUUAAAAAAAAACAGGACUAUUUCAAUUUACAAACUUUCUCAGGGGGCGGAGUAUAAAAAAAUGGCACAUUUCUAGAACAGGGUUUCAGUUAUAGGGCGAAUUCUAGAACGGGGUAUAAAAAAUUGGCCCAUUUCUAGAACGGGGUAUCAAUUUGAGGCAGGAGCCCAUCAUCAUUUGAUGGGCUCCUGUUUUAGGGGAAUUUUUUUUAGAACGGGGUGCCAAUUUGGAGUCCCGGGCGGCACAUACCCACCCAAAAAAUACCCAAGUGCCCCCCCCCCGGGCUCCUACCUCGCCCCCAGCAAUUUCGUCACCACGAAGCGACGCGAGUGCCGUUAACUUCCAGGCUCCGAGAUAGUCGGGUCCGCUGAAUAUUGAGAAAGCGCAAACACGAAUAUUGGUAAAUGGGUUAUAUUCCGAGGGGCUUAUAACCGGAGUAAAAAAGUGUUGCUGAUCAAAAUACUUUUGAAUUUGAUCGCUUUCUUACUUUCUUAAGCUUCAAAACUCGUAAAAAGUCGAAUUCAUUUCAAUGCAAGCAAGGGGGGUUAUAUUCGAGGGGGCUUAUAACCGGAUGAAUGAUGAUGAUGAUGAUGAAACCUUUAUUUAAGUGUCAUAAAAUUCUAGUACAUUACAGUACUAUUUGGGGACACUAAAACAAAGCUAAUUAAAAUAAAGUAAAAUUAUCAUAAUUAAGACUUAAGAAUAUAAAAUUCCUAAAAAAAUAUGUACAAUUUAUAUCAAAUUAAUCAUAUAAAAUUUAAAAACAUUUAUCAUGAAAAUUUACAUAUCAUGUUAGGUAUUACAUAAAUAGCAAGAGGCACAGCUACUGUUGUCCAAUGCAGAGAUAUCUCUACAGUUUAUCAUUCGUUUGAAGUCUUUCAGAGUUGGGUUGGUGCAUUUCUCUCAGAGCUGGACAACUUGGACCACAACAAUGGGCCCAAGUAUCUGAUGGAAUGCCUUCCAUACUUUACAGUAUUGUAUCUUGGAAGGAUAAAGUCUGAGUUUCGGAGGCUGUAUGGCUUUAAAUCAUUUCUUUUAUCAAUGUUUUCAAAGUGACCUGGCGCCAUUUGGUGCUUAACCUUGUACAUCAGAAAUAGUAUGUCCUUCAACCUUCUUUCAUUUAAUGUACCUAGAUUAGCCCUUUUUAAAACAGACUGUUCACAGUCCUCUAUUUUUCCGUAAGAUCAUCGAGAUCGAGCGCUUUCUGUUACGGGCUGCCAACUUGCAUAAGUGCUAAAACUACUUAGGGGGCGGGGGCGGAUAGGAGGAAGCGAGAAAAAUAAUUUUUCUCGCAAAGCCACCUCCCCACUCCCACCUCCCAAAUCUAUAAUCCCCGACGCCAGCCCCCUCGGUACAUUUGAAAAUCAAGAUACCCGUGACGGUAAGACGUGGUAUAUCUAAACGAUCUCACGAAAAAAUAGGGGACUGCGAACAGUCUAUUUUUAAAAGGUCUUCAUAUUUUGUUUACCGGUAGAUAGGCUGCGUAGCAGGCGUCGAGGCGGGUAGGGUAUUGGGAGAAUGGGAAAGAGAGAGAUCGUGUUUUUCUCCACCCUGCCCCUUUGCUAACAGUUAAGCAUAUAAAUAGGGGUGGGGGUGGGGGGAGCUCAUAGGUGAAGGGCAGGGCUUGCGUUCUAGGAAUUUUCAGUAGUUUCCGGGCGAUAUCAUGUUCACUAGACAUGUUGGCCGGGAUUUUCAAGAAGAUCGUACGUACGAAGAAAGCCACCGACGAAGCUUCUCUCAGUUCACCAAGCCAGUCAGAUAGAGUUGAAUCGAAGCUCAAUGUCUUGUUUGUUUGCGACGAGUGGAACUCUAGCAAAGGAGGUUUAUCCACGUUUAACAGAGAAUUUGCCAUUAAUCUUGCUAAAACAUCGAGGAACGACUUCGCGAUUCACUGCUAUGUCUGUCAGAGCAGUGAAUCAGACAGAGAUGAUGCAAGAAAAAAUGGUGUGAAUAUAAUAACAGCCAAGAGUAUACCGGGGACUAGUGACCGUCUGGAAUGGCUGAGGCUUCCGCCUUCGGAGCUCGCACAUCUUGAUGUUGUGAUCGGCCAUGGACGAAAGUUUGGCACUCCUGCUUAUUGCAUUGUACAAAAUGCCAAGUGCAAAUGGGUGCAGUUUGUGCAUGUAUUUUGCGAAGACCUCGGAAAGUACAAACAAACGGAAACAGAUGCAGUAGAAGAGAAUGAAAAAAAGCAUAAAGAGGAAAUCGAACUCUGCAAAGAAUCCAACGCCGUUGUCGCUGUUGGUUCAAGACUCCAGCGAAAGUACAGCAGAUGUCUCCCAGACACAAAAGUUCACAUCAUCACUCCUGGAAUUUUGCAUAAAUUUGUCAGUCUUUCAGAUCAGAAACUUGCCAAUGUUUUGCAUGGUCCUGACGAGUUCAGUGUCUUUGUCUUUGGGAGAGGAUCUUAUGAAGAUCUGGCGCUCAAGGGUUAUGAUAUCAUUGGCAAUGCAUUAGGUUCCCUUGGGGAGAAGUUCAAGAUGACAUUUGUUGGUUCACCUGAAGGCCAACACAGCAUUAUAAUGGACUGGUUUCUGCAAAAUACAAACAUAACAAGGAGGCAGUUAACAGUCCGUGGUUACUGUAAUCAAGAUGAGGUGAAAGAAAUGUUCUAUGCAGCAGACUUGGUUGCUAUGCCUUCUCGUACCGAAGGCUUUGGUCUGAUCGCCUUAGAAGCUAUUUCUGCUGGUGUGCCUGUUCUUCUUACCAGUGAAUCUGGAAUAGCUGAAGCUCUGAAGAAAGUUGACGGUGGGAAAUCUGUGAUCAUUGACUCAGAAGAUCCCAAAGAGUGGUCCCAAAAAAUCAGAACUCUGUCCAAGAAGAAGCAGGAUGAGAGACUCAACACGUCUAUUAAUCUCAGAGAAAGCUACAACAAGACAUUUCCUUGGGACACCCAGUGUGAGAAAUUCAAAGAGAUCAUUUUGAAGAUGAUGAGUGACAACUGCUGUGCUGAAAGUGUUGUAGGUAGGGUUUCACUGUUCUUUGCCUAUCUGGCCUUUAAUGCACCAGACAUAACUAAUCGAUGAUCAUUGACAUCAAUUGGUAAUCAAUGAGUAAUCGAUGAGUAAUCAAAGCCCAAAAAUUUUGUGGCCUAUCGAUUACUCAUCGAUGACAUUGAGUACUCGUUGAUGUAAUUGAUUACUCAUCGAUGACACCCAUCAGUUACUCAUCGACUAUUAUACUGGGCACAAAAGACACUUUUCUUGCUUUCUUGUACCAUUUUUUUCUCGUUUGAGAUUCUUUUAUCUGUGUUAGACGCAUUUUUCCUUGUAUCUGAAGAUCCUGUUGACGAUGUCGAGACGCAAUUAGUGCUAAUCACAAAUACAGAUGAUUCUCAAUAAUGUGCAAUAUUUCACGUUACCCAACUCUUUAUUUAAUAACAAAACAACUGAACAGUAACCAACCAGUCUGAAAAUGAAACUAACAAGUAGGCUGACAAGAAUCGACUACGUGGUUAUCGAUUUUUUUUUGUGGGUGUUUGUCAGCAAUGUAAAACUGCUUCAGCUUAGGGAAACAUAGGUAUGGUUCAACAACAAACGGCAGAGAUACUGGAGAACCUUCUGAACCUUAAUUUCCAUGUACUACUUAAGCUGAAAAGAAUAAACCUGGAAACAUCUGUUUCUAUUUAAGUUUUUUUAAUUUUGUUUUUCUUCGCCAAAUACGUUUGCAGCCACGAGAUGAUAUCGAUGAGUAGUGGAUGAAAUCAAUGACUAAACAAUGCAAUCAAUGACUAAUCAAUGCAAUCGAUGACUAAUCGAUGACCAAAAAUUUUGUGGCCUAUCGAUUAGUCAUCGAUUACUCAUUGAUCAUCGGCAAUAAUCAAUGACUAAUCAACUGAUUACCUAUCGAUUACCUAUUGAUUACUAAUUAUUGAUUUCAUUGAUGUCAUUGAUGUCAUCGAUUACUUAUGUUUGGAAUGUACCAGUCAAUUAAAGAAUUUUAACCCCCCUGGCCUGGUGAGUGGUACUCAAGAAAAGUUUGGGUAGAGCUGUGCUGCUGAGGCCUUCAAACCCUGACCCUGGGUGAGGUGGCUGAACACAGUUUUGGCAGUUUGUGAGUACAUGUCAUUUGCCAAAUCAUGGCAAGAGAAAGGUUGCAGCUCACAAGCUAAAACUUGGUAAGUGAAAAAUAUACUGAUGAAAGAUUCUGAUUGAAGGUAAAAUGUGAUGUUUUUGUAGUUUCCAUGGCAACAUGACCCAUUAAAUACAACCUGAAAAGUUUACUUUUGCUCAGUUUACAUAAGAUUCGCUCAUUAGAUUUUCCUAUAAACUUGCACACAGCUUACUAUAAUAAUUAAUCAUUACCAUUUGAAACUUAUUUGACCAAAUUUAACAGACGGGUUUUUAGAUAAUCAGUAAUUAAUAGUUGUACUUUAUUUUAUUAUUAAAUGUGUCACAAAAUUCGUCUGUAAAACUUCCAUUUUAAAGUUCUCAUUAUUUAAAAUAUGAUAAAAGUAAAAAUUCUGCCAAAUAUCACAAAAUUUUAAUGUGUGGAUUUUGAGAAAUCGUCUUCUGUGUACCAUUGCUUUUUACACCACCAUGUUUGCUUGCCUAAUUUAAAACAUGCGCCAUCACGCAAGUUACCGCUGGUCGCCCGCAAAACUGUGUUCAGCCACCUUAAGACAAAAUCUUUCAUUUUGCUAUCCUGUUGAGGACAAGAGACCAGAGUUUACAUUGAUUCUUUUCCUUUCGCAUACAGAAUUACCACAGUUGAACUUCCAUCAAGCAGCCACCUAACCUGUUCACAGACCCUCUAUUUUCUCUUCAAAUUCCGUCAAGCGUGGGUGAUAAAAUAUAACCUGCAGGGGAAUUAUUGACUGCCAGCGCAAGGGGGUAGUGGUGGGGGAAGAAGAAAUGUUUUUUUCUCACACUCCACGCUUGUUCUCAUGCACUCGCUUCGCUCGCCGAUGUUUUCAAAAAGAACGAAAAGGAAAAUAAAAUAACAUCUGUGCACAGGCUAGCAGCCACCUAUUAUUAGUGGCUGGCACCCUCUAUUAAGCGGCCAGUGGUCAAAGUACUAAAAUAAUUGUACAAAAGAAUUUUAUAUGAAAUCUCUAUUAAGCAGUCACCUUCUUUCCAUCCAGAUGAGAGUUUCCCUAUCGUUGUCACCACCAUUAAGCAGCCAGCAAGUGCUUAAUAAUUUUAUUAGUUUGGCUAACUGUUUUAAAACUAUGAUGAAGGAAAACACAGUCUGAAUUGAUAUUGGACCACUGAUGCCACUCCCAUUUUUUUUUGUGUGUUGUUUUUAAACUAUUAAAUAAAGGGGGAUUUUACUUCUGCCGUGAAACAUUAUCUGACAAUAAGGGUCAGAUAGUUAUGAGUAAAGAGAAAAAAAUUGAAUUAGAAAGCAAUGCUGCUAUAAUGGUACUACAAAUACUAAUAUUUCAUGAGUCAAGUAAAAUCAGUCCAUAUGGGAAAGCAAUAAAUAAAUGAAUAUUAUAUAGCACUCUCAGUGCAGUUGUAGGCUUUUGAACUAAAGAGUACAGCCUCGUAUUUAAACUUCAUCUGAUAGUCUGCAUUUCAUUGCAAGCCUUUUGUUCUUUUUAAGCACACAGAGAGACACCUUUGGCAUGUGUCUUUUUUGGUUGAGGGAGAGAAGAUUUCCCCCAACUAAUCUUGAGACCAUCUGUGAAAACCAAUUGAAUGAAUGAACUUCAUUAUCUUUAAAAUAAAUUAGUAUUUAAUGUAUUUCUCUCUGGCAUUCAUAUUUAUUUCUUAAAAUUGUCCUAGGGCAAAGUGUCUCGGCCACAUUUCAUAACAAGACUGUUCCAUCUGAUUCAGAAGACAGUGCUUCUGAAGCUGAAUGUAAAGUUAAGGAUGGUAAGAUGCUUCAUGCUGCUGCAAAAAAUGGAAACAUUGAGAUCAUUGAGUUAUUGGUGUCUGAAGGAUGUGAUAUUGAUUCAAGGGACAGGGAAGGUCUCACUCCCCUGAUGCAUACAGCUCUUAAUGGUCAACAAGGUGCUUUUCAGAUGUUGAUAAAAAACGGUGCUGAUCCAUCUUUUAAAGACAUCGAUGGGUUCAGUCUGCUCCACUCUGCUGCACAAGGUGGAAAUACAUCCAUUAUCAAGAAGCUGUUAUCACUUGGUCUUGACGUUGAUUCAACAGACAAUGAUGGACGCUCUCCACUGAUGUCUGCGGCUUUUUAUGGCAAGCAACAUGCUUUUCAGAUGUUGAUACAAAACAGUGCCAAUCCUUCUUUGAAAACCAACAAUGGUUCCAGUUUGCUCCACAAAGCUGCACAGGGUGGAAAUCCAUCCAUUAUCAACGAGCUGUUACCACUUGGUCUUGACAUUGAUUCAAGGAACAAUGUUGGUGUGACUCCACUGAUGUCUGCAGCUUUUGCUGGUAAACAAAGUGCUUUUCAUAUGUUGUUACAAAACGGUGCUGAUCCAUCUUUGAAAACCAACAAUGGUUCCAGUUUGCUCCACAAAGCUGCACAAGGUGGAAGUACAUCUAUUAUCAAGAAGCUGUUAUCACUUAGUCUUGACAUUGAUUCAAGGAAAAAUGAUGGCAUCACUCCAUUGAUGAAAGCAGCUUAUUGUGACAAACAGAGUGCUUUUGGGAUGUUGAUAGAAAACGGUGCUGAUCCAUUUUUGGAAGACAACAAAGGACUCAGCCUGCUCCACUUUGCUGCACAAGGUGGAAAUACAUCCAUUAUCAACGCGCUGUUAUCACUUGGUCUUGACGUUGAUUUAGAAGACGUCUAUGGUAAAACGCCGCUGAUUAGAGCAAAAGAGAAAAGUAAUUCUGACACAGUGAAGUUUUUAAUAUCUAAGGGAGCGCAUUCAUAA